GGGGAGGCAAGGGAAAGGGAGGAAACAGGGGGACCAGGGGAGGCAGCGGCGGCGUGAAGGAGAGUGACAAGGAGGCGGAAGAGGCGCCGAGGGAGGACGAGGGUGGCGAUGAGGACGAGGUGUUGUUUGAGCGGCUGGUUGCGGCGGUGGGGGUCAACGUGCCGGGGGGCGCAUACGAUCCGGACAAGCUGUCAGAGCGGGAGACCGAGGUUGCCCUGCACCUCGCCCGCCGCUGCGGCUUCCGCUCCGCCCAGGCCGCCCUGCACCACCUGAGGGGCGACUUCGCAGCAGCGCUGGCUUGCCACCUGGGGGCGGGCGGGCGGCAGCAGCAGCAGCAGCUGGGGGCGAGCGAUGGUGCGGAGGCGACUGAAGCAACACCAGCACCAGCGGCGGCAGCCAGGGCGUUCUCCUACGUGCGGGGCUUCCUGGAGGGCGCCAGUGGGGGUGGUGGAGGUGUCAGUGGUGGUGCUGCGAGGGGCGCCAUGUUCGCGGCGCUGCUGGGGGCGGCACCGGCGCUGGUGGCGGCGGAUGCAGCGGCUACUGCGCAGCUGCUGCUGGCGCACUACCCGGGGGAGACCCAGGCGGCCGCCAUGCUGGAGCGGCUGGCGGGCCACCGGCGGCUGCAGUACGACUUCCUGACGGCCGCAGUACGACACAAGCAGGCGCUGCAAGAGGCCAUGUCUUCCUCCUCCGGUGAAGCAGCCGGCGGCAGUAGCAGCAACACUCCCGCAGCCGCUGCUACAACCGCCACAACCGCUCCCGCCGCCGUCGCCGCCGCCGCACUCGGCGCCUGGAUCUCCCAGCCCUCCGUCUGCGAUGCCUACGUACGGCUGCUUUGCGAGUACGACCCCUCUGCCGUACUUCCCUUCCUGCAGCAUCACGAUCACGAGUACGACGUACGGCACUGCAUCCAGCUGUGUCGUACUGCGGGUGUGUUGGAUGCGGAGGCCUACCUGCAUGAGCGGCUGGGGGACUUGGAGACGGCGCUGGAGCUACACCUGGCCGAUGUGGAGAGGCGCAACCGCGAGUUGGAGGCUGCUGUGUGUUCGGGCGCCAUCCCCUGCUGCCAUGUGGCGGGGGCAGGGGCGGGGGCGCCUGAGGGAGUCGCCGCUGCUGCUGCUGCUGCUGCAGGCGAGGGUGCUGAGGAGGGCGGUGCUGCUGCUGAUGGUGACAGCGGCGACGAUGGUGGCGGUGGCAGUGAUGGCAGUGGUGGGUGUGUCUUCCUGGACCACCUGGUGUGGCUGCUGCAGCUGUCGCCUCGACUGGCGCUCAUCAUGCAGGGCUCCCUGGGUCGUGCCGUCACGGAGGCGGCGGAGCGAGCACGCAGCAGCAGCAGCACCACCACCACCCUCAACAAUAACACCGCCGCCAGCACGACCACCACAAACCCCCCCACCACCCCCGCCGAG